CGUACCAAAUCAAGUCCGAUCUCCAUCAUAGGACUGAGGCUUGUCCAGUGAUGGAGCAGUGGGAUGACAUCCUCUAUCACUACCACGUCCGAGGCUCGUCUACCAAGUAGAACACCGUUCACUGGUAGGUGAGGAUGUUUCGCCGCGUGAAAGAAGAUUUUAAGGUACGCGUUUUCAGAAAGAGAGUAGGACACCAUCGUGACGGUCGUGUAUUGAACGUCUUUUGAGAGUUCUACCGAAAUUUAUAAUUAGCAUGACGUGUCACUAGGUGCAAUCACCGACGAUCGUGUCUGCUACUUACUAGAGCUGCUUCAAUAAAAGUACAGCGGAAAGGAAACGUGGGAGAAGUCGGCCGUUGCACUCUCUUACAAAAUCACACUCUACACCAUGACGUCCAAUGGCCCGGAGAUAUUCACCGCAACCUCAGCGUAUUCUCUAGCUGGGGUGGCUGCCAUGGCCUUCGUUGCGACCACUGGCGCAAAGAUUCUACUGCCGAAGAACGCGCGCUGGCAGGACUCGUUUACUUUCAUCUGGCUGGCAUUUGAUGCAUUGAUUCACUUCUCUUUUGAGGGAUCAUUCCUAUACCUCUCGACCUUUGGCAGGACCGUAAACUCCAGCGAGGGGCCAUUUGCUGAAAUGUGGAAGGAGUAUACCCGUGCAGAUGCGCGAUGGGGUGUUUCUGAUCCCACUGUCGUCUCCCUGGAGAUUUUGACGGUCCUAGGUGCGGCACCUAUGUGCUGCUACAUUAUAAGGCAAAUCGUUAAGGACGACCCUGCCCGUCACUAUUGGAUCAUCGUCCUGAGCACCGCUGAGCUGUAUGGCGGAUGGAUGACGUUCUGUCCGGAAUGGUUGACGGGAAGCCCAAGUUUGGAUACUUCUAACCCGCUCUAUCUCUGGGUUUAUCUUUUCUUUAUGAACGUCAUCUGGGUAGUCAUUCCAGUCUGGCUGAUGUGGGAUUCAUACGGACACAUUGCUGGCUCACUGCGCCGCGCUCAGACGGUUACGAAAACAAAGAAGAACUAAAUCCCUAACGCUAAUAUACUUGGUUGGUAUCUAUGUUGUCCAUACCUUAUA